AUGAACAACAACCUCAUUAUAUUGAUACUACUAUUACGUAAACCUAGUCAUUCAAUUUAUGAUCUCUUAACUGAGUAUUUAAAAGUAGCAUUAAGUUUAUAUUUAAUAAGAUUCAUGAUGUUAUGGAAAUGGUUAAUAAUCCAAAACUAUAAAUUACAAUUCUAAGUCAAGUUGACCCUGAACUGUUAUAAAUUAAUUCUAUGAAUAAGUUUCAUAAAAUAAUAGGAGAAAGUAAUAAUUAAAUUUUUAAUGCAGCACUUCGUGAAAAAUAAUAAUAAAAAACUCCAGAAGGAAGUGUUGUUGAUUUAUUUUUUAGAAAUAUGCUACUACUUUUUAAUUAAAUGGAUUUCAAUCAACUGUUAAAAUCUUGGAGAGAUUUCAAAGAAGGUUCAGACAAUCAUUUAUAAAAUAAUCCAUUCUUAACAGAUUCAUACAUUGAAUUCUUACUUACUAAACUAUAAAGUAAUAUUAUUAAUCCACUUCAUAGCAAGUUCAAGUUAUGUAAAUUUAGAAGAAUUAAAAUAAAUAAUAGAAUAACCAAAUUUGAAUGAGAAUUGUAAAGUAAAUUUUCUUAAAGCACUUUUAUAUGCCUUACUAAGAUAUCCAUUUAGAGCAACAAAAUUUUCUCGUAAAUACUAUGAUAUGACAUUAAAUGCACUUGUUCCUAAAAAAGUAAAUCAUUGCAUCAUGAAUUCAAUAUUUCUCAACUUGAAAAUGAACUUCUAUGAUGAAGCAUUAAAUAGUUUAUCAGAAGGUCUGAGAUUAUCUUAGACAGUAUCAGAUGAACAAAGUAUCAAUCUUUGCUUACUUAAUCUCUUUGAAAUUGCUUAUCGUAAUAAUUAUUAAAAAUAAGUAAAAUUAACUCAAUAUUAAUAGGCUACCCUUUUAUUAGAAUAUGCUGUAAAUCAUGCUUAAUAAUUGAGUCCAUAACAUAAACUAUAGAGUGCUUUAAUUUAUGGAUCAUAAAUCAGAUAUAAAUAAAUUAAUUAUUCAUUAUUGAAAAAGAAACACAUCAAUUGGAAGGAUAUUAUACAUUAAAGUUUAAAAUAAAUUUUACAAUCUCAUACUCCAGAUAUUGAAUAAUCUAUUACUGCAUAUUAAUUGGUAUGUGCUAAUAACUAUGGCAAUUCAACCAUGAUUCAAAAUGCACUAGAUUAAUUGUAACAAUUUGAUUAAAAUGAUUAAACUCUAUCACUUCAAUUAGAAGCUUUGAGUAAUAUUGCUUUACAUCAACCAUUAUACACAUUAUCAUAAUUCUAAUAAUGUUUUGAAACAACAUAUAAUUUAAGUGAACAAUCCAUCCUAGUCAUUUUAAAUAUAUGUUUGGAGUACUUUUAUAUUAUUAAUGAACCUAUGUCUGUUAAGUACAUAAAACAGAUAAUGGUUUAAUUAUUGUAAAUGAAUCCAGAUCCAUACAUUUCUGAAUGUUUGGAAAUGGUACUUAUUAAAAGUAUGAUUUUCAUAUCAUGAGAUCCUAAGCUUAGAGUGAAGAAAUUAUUAAAGGAAGGAGAGAAUGAUUUAGAAAUUAUUAAGCUUUNCAAGUUCAAGUUAUGUAAAUUUAGAAGAAUUAAAAUAAAUAAUAGAAUAACCAAAUUUGAAUGAGAAUUGUAAAGUAAAUUUUCUUAAAGCACUUUUAUAUGCCUUACUAAGAUAUCCAUUUAGAGCAACAAAAUUUUCUCGUAAAUACUAUGAUAUGACAUUAAAUGCACUUGUUCCUAAAAAAGUAAAUCAUUGCAUCAUGAAUUCAAUAUUUCUCAACUUGAAAAUGAACUUCUAUGAUGAAGCAUUAAAUAGUUUAUCAGAAGGUCUGAGAUUAUCUUAGACAGUAUCAGAUGAACAAAGUAUCAAUCUUUGCUUACUUAAUCUCUUUGAAAUUGCUUAUCGUAAUAAUUAUUAAAAAUAAGUAAAAUUAACUCAAUAUUAAUAGGCUACCCUUUUAUUAGAAUAUGCUGUAAAUCAUGCUUAAUAAUUGAGUCCAUAACAUAAACUAUAGAGUGCUUUAAUUUAUGGAUCAUAAAUCAGAUAUAAAUAAAUUAAUUAUUCAUUAUUGAAAAAGAAACACAUCAAUUGGAAGGAUAUUAUACAUUAAAGUUUAAAAUAAAUUUUACAAUCUCAUACUCCAGAUAUUGAAUAAUCUAUUACUGCAUAUUAAUUGGUAUGUGCUAAUAACUAUGGCAAUUCAACCAUGAUUCAAAAUGCACUAGAUUAAUUGUAACAAUUUGAUUAAAAUGAUUAAACUCUAUCACUUCAAUUAGAAGCUUUGAGUAAUAUUGCUUUACAUCAACCAUUAUACACAUUAUCAUAAUUCUAAUAAUGUUUUGAAACAACAUAUAAUUUAAGUGAACAAUCCAUCCUAGUCAUUUUAAAUAUAUGUUUGGAGUACUUUUAUAUUAUUAAUGAACCUAUGUCUGUUAAGUACAUAAAACAGAUAAUGGUUUAAUUAUUGUAAAUGAAUCCAGAUCCAUACAUUUCUGAAUGUUUGGAAAUGGUACUUAUUAAAAGUAUGAUUUUCAUAUCAUGAGAUCCUAAGCUUAGAGUGAAGAAAUUAUUAAAGGAAGGAGAGAAUGAUUUAGAAAUUAUUAAGCUUUGUAAACAAUUCCAUUUGAACCAAUAAUAUUUAGAAUAUAAGCUUAGCUUAAUAGAAAGAAAUAUAUAAUAAAAUGAGAUUUAGGAAGCUUAAGAUAAAUUAAAUAAUAUCAAUUUAUAAGAAUUAUCCUAAUCAAAUUGUGUUAUAUAAGCUAAAUUUUGGAAUCUUAUGGCACGUAUUUAUAAAAGUUUAAAGUAUUAUGCCACAUCAAUCAACUUUGCAAUCUAAGUUGGUUGGAUUACAAUUAUAUAAUAAAAUUAUUAUGAUAUGACUUUCAUAUAUGAUUCGUUAGGUAUUUUAAUAAAUUUAAUUUAAUAGAUUAAUAUGAUAUGAGAGAUUAUUGUGCAGAAUAAUUUAAUAAAGCUGAUGCACUUAUAAGUUAGUGUAAUCAGAAUACAAAUUUGAUCUUUUUCAAAAUAAAUGAAAUUGGAAUUGUAGAAUACUUGUAUCACUUUCUAAAAAAUAUUUAAUCAUUAUUUAGUUGUAAUUUGUGA